GUAUCGCGCGAUAUGGACUGCUACAGUCUUCGUAUGCCGUUGGGUGUAACUGCGGGUAUAACGCCGUUUAACUUCCCGGCGAUGUGCCCUCUGUGGAUGAUUCCGAUGGCACUGGUUACGGGAAACACGAUACUAAUGAAGCCGUCGGAACAAGAUCCGGGUGCGUGCAUGAUGCUGGCCGCGUUGACGAAGGAGGCGGGUGUGCCUGACGGGUGUGUGAAUGUGAUUCACGGACAGCACGACGCCGUCAACUUCAUCUGCGAUCACCCGAAAAUCAGAGCCAUAUCGUUCGUGGGCAGUGAUGUGGCCGUGAGUUUUAGUUUUAGUUGA